AAUGGAGAAUGAUUUCCUCAAGUGUGCAGUUUGCCUUGAUGUGUACAAUGAACCAAGACUCCUUCCAUGUGGACAUACAUUCUGCUUUCAGUGCAUCCAAAACAUAAGAAAACACAAUGAAGACCAACUGAAAUGUGCUCUGUGUCGAGCCAAACAUAUUAUACCUCUCCAAGGGAUAGAAGCAUUCUUACCAAAUUAUUAUAUUCUAAGUGCUGUUGAAAUAAAAAAGAAUGGCAGUUGUGGGGUCAAACUGGCCAAAUGUUCUACUUGCUUCAUCUUACCUGUGCUGUCUUCUGUGUACUGCACCUCCCAUGAACAAUCUCAGAUGAAACUGUUUUGUCAAGAGUGUAAUUCUCCUAUCUGCUUACAGUGUGUGACAAUAAAUGAGAAACAUUGUAGUCAUAAGUUUAUGUGUUUACCUGGUAUCAUUGAAAAACGCAGAGCUGAUAUCAAAACACUGAUGUUAAGGGUAGUGUCUGUACAGGAAGAUUUCAAAGAUAUGGUAACAAAGAAAGAAGAACUGCUUAUAGGUGAUACUGAUGAAAACUUGCGAGACUUAGUGGAGAUUUCAAAAUCUGAAUUGUCAAGUACAGAAUGGUCUUCUUCUUGGAUCCUUAAAGUUGAAGAAGCUUUAUCAUUAGCACAAUCACUUUUGGAUGAUAAAGAUGAUAUUUCCUUUCUUAUUCAAGAGGAAAAUGUUUAUUGUAAUUUGUUAACAGUUUUACAGGAGAAAUUUACAAGUGUAACUUUAGAUAUUUGGUCAUCUUCAGUGGAGCACCAAAUUGAGGUCCAAGUUCAAACAACUGAUCAAAGUAUUCCACUUACAGUGUAUGAUAAUGGAUCCUGGCAGAUGCUUCAAAUGGACCAAAAUGAAGUGUUAGAAAGUAGCAUUGCCACUGAAUCAACCCAGAAUCCAGAAUCAACAUUUUCUAUGGAUAGGCAAAUUCCUCAGCUUCAGUGUGACAUGCAAUUCCAUCGUCCCUGUGGACUAGCAGCAUCUCAACAAGGAUGUAUGUUUGUAGCAGAUUCUGAUAGAAGCAUGAUUUACCAAUAUGCUGGUUUACAUGGACGUGCACAUGUCUUCCAUCUACCUGGAAUUACAGAAGCCUGCCAACCAGCUGGUAUCUGUGUCACUCAAAAUAACAUUCUUUACAUUGCCGAUGCUGCCAAUAGUUGUAUUAUUAUCUAUGAUGUUAACCAAAGACGAUUGAUUAGACAGAUUGGCAUGGAUGUACUUGACACACCCUUUGAUGUUUCAGUUUUGCCAGAUGGUCGAAUUUGCGCUCUAGACUGGAGUUGCCAUUGUGUGAAAAUAUUUACGCAAUAUGGCAGUCAUGUAGGAACUUUUGGUUCAUAUGGGGACGGUGCUGGAGAAUUUAAAUUCCCAUGGAGCAUAGCAGUAAAUAGCCAAGAUCAACUCAUCAUUACCGACAAUGACAACCACAGAGUGCAGGUUCUUGACUCGUUUGGACAGUUUCUUUAUCAGUUUGGAUCACGUGGGAGAGAAAAUGGAGAGCUUGAAAAUCCUAAAGGUGUUGCUGUAGACGGAAAUGACAAUAUUUAUGUCUGUAGCCAGUCAGCAAUUCAAUUGUUCUCACCACAGGGUGUAUUUCUUCAAAACAUCAUUUCACGUAGAGAUAAUUCUCGCAUAUCUCCACAUGCUGCCACAGUUUUUACUUCACUUAAUAGGAAUUCUCUAGCAGUGUCUGACAUUCAUAGUAAAACUGUUAGAAUUUUUCCAUUGGGAUUCAAUUUUGAGAGUUGAACCAUAAUUCAUGCCAUCCCGAAUUGUUUUGUUACAUUGUAUGCCACUUUUUAGCUACGCUGUCAACUUUGUCGAGCGGAGCUUAUCAUAUGAGUGAUUGUCCGUCGUCGUCCAUCCUCCUGUGUCUGUCGUCCGUGUCAUGUUUUACUUUUUCGACUUCUUCUUGAAAACUACAAGCCUGAAUGCUUUGAUACUUGGUGUAUAUGCAUUGCUAACAGCGGAGCUAUCUCAGCCGAGAGGCUGCUUGUUUAUAUAAUGUAACAACAUUUUAUCAAUGUGUUGAUGUAUACGUCAGUACAUAUAAUAUGGAUUACAGGCAUGUUAUUGUAGGCAUAUUGCAGAUAAAAGUUGCAGUUUUCAUGCAACCAGUAUGGGGCAUGGUAGUUGAAUCCCACAUUAGUAUGUUGUGAGGCACACUGCACGAGACUGAGCAGGUAAAUUGUUGUGGGCAUACUGGAUUUGAGUUCAUAUUCCCAGCAAGAGACAUGGCAGUUUAAUUUCAGAAUGGCAGUUGUGUGCGCACUGGAAAUACAAUUGUCUGUUUUCAUGGGACCCGCCAGUUAAAAUCCAAGGAUCUGUUGUAGGUACAGUAAUUGUAAUCCAAUAUCACCCCCAAUCGAUGUAUAACUGAGGUAAAUAUAAUGUUUACAUUUGAACGUAUAUUCGGAAAAUUGCCUAAAAUCAUUGAGUUAAACCUAGUUUCUCAAUCCUCAACGUGGGAAACUCGGUACUUUAGUACUAUGAACCACAGUUGGACAUGCAUCCAGGUGGCGGUACUAGUACUUUGCUAUUCUAAUGUCAAUCAAUCGUCAAAAUGUUCUACACUGGAAUCUUUCUACUUAAUGGAUUUUGUUACUAUAGUACCAUGCUUUUAAACUUCCUGAUUGGUUAUACCGUAGUAAUACUUCGACUGUUUACAGUUGUAGGUGCUUUUUCUGCGACCUCAUCGCCUGUUGCGCGUUGUCAGUGUUAGUGUGUUACGUAACUCAUUUUGUAAAGCAGAACAAUUGGCCACUUGAGUUACGUACGUAUUAUAAUGAACUAUAUGUUGCAAUUAACCAGCAAUACGUUCAGUAGAGUGACAAGGUUUGUCGGUAUGGAAAAGGUUGUUGAAAAAAGUCUCAUUUUUAAACGGUGAAGGGAAAGUUGUACUAAUCAUAUGGAUUAUCUGAAAAUAACCUCGUUUAGAAAGUAAUUUCCCCUUACACGGGUAAUGCUUGGAACAAACGCUAGUAAAUGAUACUUUUGGGCUAAAGAAAGAUAAAUAUUCUAGUAAAUGCUUAACAAAAACUGUUCACUGUUUAAGGUUAGCGAAUUAUAGAAAAAUAGAAACGAGCCAAAAAGUAAUAGUUACAAUAAUUAAAUAUUUAGUUUUUACAUUAUUUAUAUACGGAUUUGGCAAUUUCUAAAAAAAUCUACUUCAUUGUAUAUUGGAAAAGAAUACAUGUGAGUAACAAGAUCUACGUGUGCAUCUCCAAAUUGUACACAAGUUCAAAGUUCGUGUCUUAAGGUUGCAUAAGAAAACUCGCAUUUUAUGUUUCAUAGAACGUAACUCAAAUACUCUACUUGCACUGGUUACUUUCUCUCCUCACUGACUGAUAAAUAUAGCACACAGCUGAUCUGACUAUGCUAAUGUCGAACAAGAACGCUAUUACGCGCUUUCAAAUAGCCACAGCUGUGAAAGUACCAACACCCCAAUCUUAAUAGUUCCAAUAUACUUGCAUACUUGAUAAGCAAAAUCAUUGCAGUCUUUCGAGACGUCAGUAGCUGAAUUGUAGUCUAUAUCCUGGCUACAUUGAACUGUCUAUUAAAGCAGUUUGAUGCACACAUGCAAUUGAA